AUGCCACCAGGGGGGGGGGGGGGGGAAGGUGCCCAAAGCGGGCCAAACCUGCCGGCCCUCGGAGAAAGCGCGCCUGGUGGCACGCGGUCUGUUUGGAGCAAGAAGCGCGUCAUCGACGAGUUGUACCGCAUCAUCGAGCAGGACGUCAAGCGGACCUUCCCCGAGCUGGCCUAUUUCCGGCUUCCCUCGGUGCAAUCGCGCCUGGCCAACAUCCUGGCCAUCUAUUCCUUCCAGCACCCCUCGUUGUCGUACCGCCAGGGCAUGCACGACAUCGCGGCCUUCGUCAUGUAUGUCUUCGACCAUGACCUCUUCCUGGUGGAGGAUCUGUCAUCUCUGGAGACUGCGUGCACAAUGGCCACCUCCCGCGAGGGGGCGGCGCGCGAGUCCCGGCACGGGUGUGUCUGA